UACUCGGAGGCAGGACUACAGCGAAACUCCUAAGCAAGACUCCCAAGUCUGAGAAUCGUUUUCAGGACCGGAGAGUAGCGGGCGCGUUGUCAGCAAUGCGAUACUAUCUAUUUAUUCUGUCACUCAUUGGCCUUUCGUCAUGGGGACUGUUCGUGGAAAGUUUACGCACGCUGCCUCAUGUGAUGGACUACGCCGUUGUCAGACCUCAGAAACUUACCGUUCGGGCGAAAAGGAGCGCAUCGUCCACACAGCCUUAUCCUGACGAGCUUCAUUAUGCUUUGGCUGUGGAGGGAAAGAACUUUACUCUUCAUCUUGAGAAGAACAGGUUUCUCAUGGGAAAGCAUUACACGGAGACGCACUACUUGGAAGACGGGACAGAGGUGACCACAUCGCCUGAUCGUGAGGAUCACUGCUAUUACCAGGGGCAUAUCCAAGGUGUGGGAGAUUCUUCUGUCAGUGUUGGACUCUGCUCUGGAAUACGGGGCUUCCUGAGGGCCGAGCAGCAGGUGUACCUGAUCGAGCCCUUGGGACGGUCGGCGGAAGACGACCAUGCGGUGUACCGGCCGGACCGCCUUCGAGGGAAGAGGGCCACCUGCAGCCACCCCAACAAAACCGCCUACGACCUCGGCCCCAGGGCCUCCGGGCUGCUCAGCCUCGCCAACUGGGAAAGCAAGCCCUUUUCUGAUGUCCAAAGAUUUGUGGAGAUGUAUUUGGUGGUUGACAAAGCAGAGUUUAAGAAACAUGGGGAAAGUAUGAAGACUAUACAAGCCAGAAUGCUGGAAAUUGCAAAUCAUGUUGAUAAGCUGUAUCGGCCUGUGAACAUCCGGGUCAUGCUCGUGGGCUUGGAGGUCUGGUCCUACCAGGACCAGAUUGAGGUCAGCUCCGAUCCUGAUGAGACCCUCACCAGAUUUCUCAAGUGGCGGCAGAGCAGCCUGCUCAAGAAGAAGAAGCACGACAACGCGCAGUUCGUCACCGGUAUAGAUUUUGAAGGCACCACUGUCGGCUUGGCAACCAAAUUUGCCAUGUGUACCGGAGGCUCUGGAGCUGUGAAUGAGGACCACAACAGAAACCCUAUCGGGGUGGCAUCCACUAUCGCCCAUGAGAUGGGGCACAACCUGGGCAUGUCCCACGAUGACUCACACUGCAGCUGUGGGGCAUCCGGCUUCAGCAGGAACUGCAUCAUGGCCGACAGCGUUGGGUUUAUCUUCCCAAAGGAGUUCAGCCACUGCAGUCAGACACAGCUGAGGUCCUUUCUGGAGAAGGCCAAUCCCAGCUGCCUGCUGGACACCCCGAACGCCGACCAGCUUUAUGGGGGUCCCGUCUGUGGAAAUGCCUUUUUGGAAGCUGGAGAGGAGUGUGACUGUGGCACUGUAGAGGAAUGCCAAAACCCAUGCUGUAACGCCACCACUUGCCUCCUGUCCGAGGGGGCCCAGUGUGCACACGGGGAGUGCUGCCAGAACUGCCAGCUCAAACAGGCGGGGACCCUCUGCCGAAAAAGCGCUGGCGACUGUGACCUGGCGGAGUACUGCACAGGAGGCGCCCCGCAGUGCCCCAGCGACGCCUUCAGGAUGAACGGCCUUCCCUGCAGCUCCGACCGGGGCUACUGCCACAACGGGCACUGCCCCACUCACCAGCAGCACUGCACCAAGCUGUGGGGAGCAGGGGCACAGGUCGCUCCGGAUGCCUGCUUCUAUCAGAACACCCAAGGGAGCCGGGAUGCCAACUGUGGCAGGAACCCAUAUGGCUAUCAGAAGUGCCCAGCACAGGACAUUAAAUGUGGGAAGAUCUUCUGCUCAGGCGGAAACGAGUUCCCCAUCACGGGUCAGAAAGCCAUCCUGACUUUAAUGUUCAGGACGCAGUGCAACAUCGCAGUGGAUCCUUCGGAAACAGACAACUUAGGGAUGGUUCCGACGGGAACUAAGUGUGGAGUUAACAAGGUGUGCUACGACAACCGGUGCCAGGACGUUACAGUCUACGGCACGGAAGAAGAGUGUUCUGCCAAAUGCAACAAUCACGGGGUGUGUAAUCACGAGCGGGCGUGUCACUGUGACCCCGGCUGGGCUCCGCCCUACUGCAACAUCAAACUGUCUGACCUUCCCGCAGAUGACAGCAUGCUGGUAAUCGGGGCGUCGGUGGCAGGGGUGGUGCUGGUGCUGAUCUCACUUGUGGUCGGUGGGCUCCUGUUCUACCGGAAGCCCAGGAAGCAGAAAUACCCAGGGGAGAAGAAGCCGCACUCUGCCUCGGGCCUGUCCAACCCUCUGUUUUUGGAGAGGGGCGGGAAGGGUAGCCCACGGUGCGGGGCCCCUCGGAUCAGUGAGCCCACCUUCCUGGAGUCGUCCGCCACUCAGGCCUGCACCCCGCUGGUCGUCAGGGUGGUGCCCAGCCGACCCCCCCCACAGCCCCCCAAGAAAGCACAGACAGAAAAAUCUCCAAAUCCUGUACAGGUGGCAAGACCCAAUAUUCCACCUCCUGUUGCUCCAAACAAACCAUCAUAUUUAAAGAAUAAACCAAUACCUCCAAUGAAGCCUUUACCACAGCUGAAUGAGAAGCAGGGCAACAUGCCAAAGCCAAAACCUCCAGUGCCCCCUGUGAAGCCAGCAGGAACCCAGUCACCCUGGAAACAGCCUCAGGUCUCCGCGGGGCCGAAAGUUCCUCUGAAGCCCCCCACCAGGCCCAGAUGAAGCCGAAAGAUUGAUUUUGCGCUGACUCAUCGAAACCCGCGAAGGGGUUCUGACCACCAGCCAUGUGGCCUAGUCAGGGAAGGCCUCUUUGAAGACGGAUGCAACAGUGGAUUCGCAUCCGCAGUGUUCCGGCCCCUCAAAAGCCAGGAAAGGGAUUGGAAAGGAGGGGAGAGCCUCCCCUUGUCAAAUGGACAGGAGGUUUUGGAAACCUUCAAGCGUGUGGCCGCACAGACUAAACAGAUUCAGAGACUUUCCGCUUUUCUUUUUCUUUUUUUU